UAUAUAAAGGCCUGAGUGCUGUUGGCAUCCAUUCUGCACCCUUCACUUACAGAAAAAUGGAUCAUCAUAUAUUUUACCUGCUUGGGAUCAUUGCAGCGUCUGGUUUCAUUGAUGCAUCUUCCACCAAAGGCAAGAACCUCGCUCUCUAUGGAAAAGCCACACAGUCAAGCUUGUAUGGCAACCCUUGGGCUCCAUUCGGUCACGCCUACAACGCUAUAGAUGGAAAUACUGAUUCGAAUUACAACCAUGGGUCGUGCACCGCCACCAACUCUCAACAAAACCCCUGGUGGACAGUGGACCUUCUGGACGAGUACACAGUGACCUCCGUCACCAUCACUAACAGAGGAGACGGCUAUUCAGAGAGGAUCAACGGAGCUGAGAUACACAUCGGAAACUCUCUGCGCAACAACGGAAAUGACAAUCCACGAGCGGAGGUGAUUUCUUCCAUUCCUCCAGGAAGAUCCUUCACCUUCCACUGGGAUAAAAGGUUCUCAGGACGUUAUGUAAACGUCAUCAUACCUGGAAACUACCGGAUUCUGACUCUCUGUGAGGUUGAAGUCUAUGGAUAUCCCACUCAGCGUGGAGAGAAUUUAGCACUGACGGGAAGAGCUACACAGUCCAGCAUUUAUGGUACUGGUUUUCCUUUCAACGCCAUUGACGGAAACCGAGAUGGUGUGUUCUCUCACAGUUCCUGCACACACACGAACCACGACCUCAGUCCAUGGUGGAGGCUGGACCUGCUGAAACGGCACAAAGUGUUUACCAUCACCGUCUUUAACAGGCAGGAGGCCACUUCUGUGAGACUGAAUGGAGCUGAAAUCAGAAUUGGAGACAGUCUGGACAACAACGGCAACAACAACCCAAGGUGUGGUUUGGUCUCUAACGCAGGUCAGACCCCUUCCAUAUCCUUUGAGUGUAACGGGAUGGAGGGACGGUACAUCAACGUUGUGAUUCCAGGAAGGAAGGAGUUUCUCACUCUGUGUGAGGUGGAGGUGUUUGGAGCUCCUCUGAUCUGAAGAACCUCUUGGCCUUUAUUUUGCUAAUUCUCAGUCAGUUGUUAGCCGUGAUUGCACUUCAACUGAAAUUAAAGUCUGGAACUUGUUGGAUUAUUAAUUCUUGUUGAUUGUAAAGCUGAAGUUUGAUUGAAAGCUGGUUGCAGCUCAUAAUCUCC